CGAGAGAGUGUGGACGGCGCGCCGCGCGCGCGCGGGGUCUUGCUCGUGUCGUCUCACCCGUCGAUGGGAUCGCGCCACCCAACCCAACCGGUCCCCGUGAGCGACCAUCGCUCUCAGAGCAAAGGAAAGGACACUCAGGCCAGGCGGGUCGCAGCGCGCCCAGCCCCUGCCCCCGCUCACGGUAUAUAAGCGCCACGAUCUAGCUCAGUUCCGCAGCUCAGCCAGCGUCCGCUACCAGUUACGCUGCACCUGCACGCACGUGUCUGUUGUCUCGCCACCGAGGUAAGAGCUCUGCUGCGCACUGCGGUGGCCGGUGGGUGCAAUGGACCCGUAUAAGUACCUCAAGAUCCGGUUCAACCCGGACGGCUCGCUCUGCCGCUACGGGGAGGCGCCGCUCCUCCCGGCAGCGCCGGCCGGGGAGCCCGUGACGGUCGAGGACGACCAGGGGGCGCGCCGCAUUGCGGUCCACUCCAACGACGUCCCGCUCAACGACGCCACCGGCACGGGCCUCCGCCUCUUCGUGCCGUCCGUGUCCGGCGGCCACCACGACCGGCUGCCGCUGAUCGUCUACUUCCACGGCGGCGGGUACGUCCUCUUCCGCGCGGCCUCCGAGCCGUUCCACAACACCUGCACGGCGCUCGCCGCCGCGGGCCCCGCGGUCGUCGCGUCCGUGGACUACCGCCUGGCCCCCGAGCACCGCCUCCCCGCGGCGUUCGAGGACGCCGCCGACGCCGUCCUGUGGGCGCGCCCGCACGCCGCCGCCGGGAGGCCCGUGUUCGUGAUGGGAAGCCACAACGGGGCCAGCAUCGCGUUCCGCGCCGCGCUGGCGGCGGCGGACGCCGGCGUGGAGCUGCGCGGGGUGAUCCUGAACCAGCCGCACCUCGGCGGCGCCGAGAGGUCGCCCGCGGAGGCGGCGUCCGUGGACGACCGCGUGCUGCCGCUGGCCGCGAACCACCUGCUCUGGGAGCUCGCGCUGCCCGUGGGCGCGGACCGGGACCACGAGUACUGCAACCCGGAGGCCAUGCUCGCCCGUGUGGGCGCCGCGCGGCUGCGGAGGCUCCCGCCCUGCCUGGUGCUCGGCCGGCGCAAGGACCCGCCGAGGGACCGGACAAGGACGCUCGUCAACGCUCUGCGCAAGGCCGGGGUGGCCGUGGAGGCGAGGCUCGACGGCGCUGGGUACCACGCGAUGGAGCUGUUCAAGGCCAACUGCGCCGCGGAGUUCACCGCGCAGGUGGCCGACUUCGUUCGCCGCCACUCCUCUGCCGACACCGGCGCCAGCGCCAGCGCCGGCGACGUGGUUGGUAUGAGCAAGCUGUGACGCAUGGUCAAACCGAUCGGGCCGCAGUGGAGGUUGCUGUACGGCAACUUUGGUGCAAGUUGAACCGAUUUUUAAGGGCCACUUCUCAAUCAUAUUAUAUCAUAUCAUCAUCGUCAUGCUACAAUGCUGAGCGGUGACUGGCGAGCUCGCCAGCGUCCAACUGAUAGGUAGACCCGGCACACGAGGAUACUAGUGCCGAGCUCGUUCAAUUCCGGAUAGCUACACAAGUUGGCCGCCCUUUUUUCAUUUUUGUGUCGUUUUUAUUUACCCGCGCGGAUCGAUUUCGGCGUGAAUUCUGCGUGGUUGCCUGGUUGGUGGGCACCGGAAGGACACCAAGAUGAAGAGGUUAUGCUGUUGUAGUAUUUGUAUAGCUGAUAGAGAUUGCUUUCAACUUCUGAAUAAUUGAAAGCACUUUAUAUAAUGCAUGUGUGCUGGAGAACUUGGCAUGCUUCAUACCUUUGAAGUUUU